AUGUUUUUAACACAACAAAAAGGGAACAUUUUUCUAAAAACAGAAAAGAAAAAGAAAAAUGGAACAAAAAGAAUUAUUAACGCAGCAAAGAGUCGUAAUUUUAAUCAUAUCAGUAAAAUAAUUGAGGUCACAAGCAUAUUUUUUUUUGAAAAGAAACUACUAAAAAGAAAGGUAUUUUUCUUGAUGGAUAAGAAAACAUACAUUGAACAAAGAAAUUAUCAAUCUAAAGUACGUGCAUUAUGUAUUGCACUAAUUAAUAGACAUGCUGAUAUAGAGAUUAAAAUUACAUCUAAACGCUCAAAGUUAACAUUACCAUUUUUGAAAAUAAAUACAAUAUCCUUUACUUCUGAAGACGUUAUUGAUUUAAAUAAAUUAAUAAAAAGAAGAACAUCUGAUUUAGCUGAAUUGGAUUUGGAACAUAAAAUACCUCAACAAUCAGCCUUAUACAGAAAAAAGAAAAAUAGUUAUAAAGAGUCUAUUAACUUUGUAGUUGACUUACUCAUAGAAUUAGGUUAUUGUAUUACCUUUUUUGAAACUAGUGGAAGAAAUAAAUCUUUAAAAGUUGAUACUAUUACUAGUAUUCAAAAGGAUGGUGAAACAUUUACUUCCUCUCAGUUAGAAAGAAUUGGACAAACACUUUGUAUUAAUCUUGUUGAAAGAAUUGGUUCAAAUAAUACACUCUUUCUAAGAAAAAAUGAUUUUAAACUUAUUGCAAUGACUUAUGCUUGA